AGAUCUAAUCGACACCUCAAGAGCUUGUCAAGAGCCUCCUCGACACACGUCGAAUUGCCUCUGGGCAACCCGGCGGGCCGUACCAUGUAUAGACACGAAAGUGCACGCCGCGCACCGGGCCCCUCGCCGCCGUGGCAACCCCGCCCCCGCCCCUCCCCUCCUGCUCGCCGAUUGUGUUCAGUGGUUCGACGGUCGGCCGCCGGGAUGCCCGGGCUGGCGUGGCUGCUGGUGGCCGCCGUCGUGUGCACCUGCUGCAGCGUACGCGCGUCCGACUCGGACAUGACCUGGGACGAGUACAAGAUCAAGUACAAGAAGAACUACACCAGUCCGGAGGAGGACGAGCGCCACCGCCAGAACUUCCUCACCUCGCAAAAGAACGUGGUGCUGCACAACAAGAAGCGCGAGCGCGGAGAGGUGUCGUACUCGAUUUCCAUCAACCAGUUCUCCGACAAGGACCGGCACUGGCCCGGCCACCUGUCGACGACGACGGACCGCUCGGUGUGGCCGGCGACCGUCGACGAGCAGCAGGAGCAGCAGCAGACAGCCGCCGACGCCGGCCCUGAGUGAGGCGAGGUCCACUGGCCGGUCGCGCGCCCCGCCCGCGAGGGGCACCGGCCAAGCUGCGACCCACCAAGGUUACGGCCGGACGAGUCGUGGAUCCUCUCCCGCUUCGAGCAGUGCCCCGCCGCCGCCACCGCCACGGCUGGCGCGCGGCCCCGGCGAGUCGAUCCAUCCUGAACGCGGGCGGCGGAGCACAUGGGGCGCCUUCAUAAAACACCCCGGAGGCGAAAGUCACCCCUUUCGUUUAAAAUAAGACCGGUCGCCCCCGCCCUGCACUCUUGUACGGAGCCAUAAACGUCCUGGUUAAGCUCG